GCCGAUGACUUAACCCAAUUUUUCGUUUGUAACCUAAAAUUUUCUAUUUUCUAAAUUAAUUUACAUUAAUUAAAAUAAAAUGUCAACAAUAAAAGGGUUAAUAAGUGUGCGAAAUAUCAGUUCAUUGUCUGCAAGUAUAACGAGGCCGCACAGGACGACAUAUACAAGAGCCUAUCCAACUGUUUUGGUUCAUCCAAAUGGUUCCACAACUACUAUCAGAUAUGAUGAACCACGACAAAUUAUUAAGUUGCCGGUUAAUAUUUGGCUUUUGAGCGAGGCCGAACGCAAAGAACGUUUAGAGAAGAGGAAACCGAAGAAGAAGGUCGUCAUUGAUGAAGAUUUCGAGGAGGACACCUAUGACUCGCACGAAUAUUUGAAAUACUUAAAGAAAUGAGUGGUAAAUUAUUGUGUAAAAACAGUAGAAUUGUAUUUGGUUGUUGAAUAAAGCGAUUGUUUGUA